AUGCCGAGUACUACUCUCCUCAAAGCAGCCGGAUACGGCUCUUUUCUUGUUGCCAUCAAGCAUGCGCUUACUGGGAGAACUUUCCAAAGACUGCGCCAGUUCCAGGAACUGCCAAAUAUUGCAUACACAUGCAGCACGGUUGGCUGGUACCAAGGAAGCGCCUAUCUAGUCCUAACCGGGCUACUUAAUCUCCACUGGGCCCAGAACCCUAACUCGUUGGGGGAGCCAAUGAGCCGUGCGAUGGCUGCCUUGCUCGCCAUCAUUGCUUGGUCUAGCUCUGCUUGGUAUCUUCAACGGGGAAUUAAAGCGAGCGCGUUUCUCACAGCAACGGCCGGUAUACUACAAGCCUACGCAGUACUUUACUGA